UUAAAUAAUUGUAAAGUGGGUGUUUAUUAAAAUACAUUUAAUUUUAAAAAUGUAAUAGAAUUUACAAACAUUUGAUUGUCACCGCCUGUUCUCAAACUGACGUACGUUCGGGUCUAGACACUGACAAAGUGAAGCAACGCAAUCGCACACGUCACGAAACAACUCUCGGUAUUUGCGUGCAAUUACACUCAAUGGCUGCUCUCAAUUCAGCGAUUGUUGCAGGUCUCAUAGUGUGGACUUUGUUGGUAUCCCCUUGCUGAUGAUAAAACUCAUCAUCUUCAAAGUCUUCGCUAAUACUUGGCAUGACGGACUGUUGCAGCAAUUGAGUUAUCAGCUGCUUAAGUGUGUAUACAUUUUUUUGGGACACCCUGUAUACAUACAUACGUCCACACACACAUACAUAUAUGCACACACAUAUAUACAUAUACAUACAUACAUACAUACAUACAUACGCUCACGUAUAUUCUCGACUGCUUCAUACCAAUUUAAAAAAAGAGUGCCUUGUCAUAAAUGAAAGAUGGCCCUACAGUGUCACCAUACACAGUCACAUAGUUUUGAGAAGAACUUGCGCCGUCUUGUCUGCAGAAGGCGGUGUGAGUUCAGCCAUCAGUGAACACCUACCUAAUACCCAGAAGAAGAGAGUCCAUGGUGUUUUCCUGGGUGGAUGGCCUGCACUGGAUCUAGCCUGUCAAAACUGCAGUGAAACGAGAGCAACGUGGGAUAAAGUCAGAAUAAUCAGGGGCUGUUCAGAUCUAGAUAACUGUGACUGACACUCGAAGGUCUUGGAGAGAAGUCCACAGUUCCCCUGCCUGACCUCUUGUCUCUGACCCUCUCUGGAACACAUCUCUUACCAUGAAUGAAGUUAAUAUAGUCAGAGAAGGCUGGCUGCAUAAAAGAGGUGAAUAUAUCAAAACAUGGAGGCCCAGGUAUUUCAUCCUGAAGAGUGACGGUUCCUUCAUUGGUUAUAAGGAGAAGCCUGAUCUAAAUGACCAGACUUUACCACCACUCAACAAUUUCUCAGUGGCAGAAUGCCAGUUAAUGAAGACUGAAAGACCCCGGCCAAACACAUUUGUCAUACGAUGCCUACAGUGGACCACUGUCAUUGAACGUACUUUUCAUGUGGACAGCAAUGAAGAGAGAGAGGAGUGGAUGUGGGCAAUCCAGUCUGUGGCAAAUAGUCUGAAGAUGCGGGAACAGGAGGAGGAAGAACCAAUGGAUGUGUUUGGCUCACCCAGCCAAAGUAGCUUGGAGGAGAUGGAAGUGGCUAUGUCUAAGAGUGGCACCAAAGUGACAAUGAGUGACUUUGAGUACCUGAAGCUGCUUGGGAAGGGGACGUUUGGGAAGGUUAUUCUGGUUAAAGAGAAAUCCAUGGGAGUACAUUAUGCUAUGAAGAUACUGCGUAAAGAGGUCAUUAUAGCCAAGGAUGAGGUGGCCCACACAGUAACAGAGAGCAGAGUCUUACAAAACACACGACACCCCUUCCUCACGACACUGAAAUAUGCCUUCCAAACCCACGAUCGACUCUGUUUUGUCAUGGAAUACGCCAAUGGAGGAGAGCUUUUCUUCCACCUGUCACGCGAACGAGUGUUCACAGAAGACCGGGCACGCUUCUACGGUGCAGAGAUUGUGUCAGCACUUGAGUACCUCCAUUCACGUGAUGUUGUUUACCGUGAUCUGAAGCUGGAGAAUCUGAUGCUGGACAAAGACGGUCACAUCAAAAUCACUGAUUUUGGUCUUUGUAAGGAGGGCAUUACCCCUGAUGCUACCAUGAAAACCUUCUGUGGAACUCCUGAAUAUCUGGCACCUGAGGUCCUAGAAGAUAAUGACUACGGCAGGGCAGUGGACUGGUGGGGUCUGGGUGUCGUCAUGUAUGAGAUGAUGUGUGGCCGUCUGCCUUUCUACAACCAAGACCAUGAGCGUUUGUUUGAACUCAUCCUCAUGGAGGAGAUCCGUUUCCCCAGGAACCUGUCACCCGAAGCCAAGUCCCUGCUGGCUGGUCUUCUCAAGAAGGACCCCAAACAGAGGUUAGGUGGAGGUCCCGAUGAUGCCAAAGAAGUAAUGAGUCACAAAUUUUUCAUCACCAUUAACUGGCAGGAUGUGGUACAGAAGAAGCUCACCCCACUCUUCAGACCACAAGUGACAUCAGAGACAGACACCCGGUACUUUGAUGAGGAGUUCACAGCGCAGACCAUCACACUCACUCCUCCAGACAAGUAUAACAGUCUCGACUGCGAGGACCCCAGCCAGCAAGCACAUUUCCCACAAUUUUCUUACUCUGCUAGCAUAAGAGAGUGAUAGCAUCUUUACAUACACACGAAGCAUGAACACCCUGACCACACUGACCAUCCCUUCACUGUAAAUUGACCAGAACCUCCAACCUUUCAUGAGGUUUUGGUCCUUUCAGGAUCUAAGUGCCUUAGCUGGUGGCCGUACUGCUCUAUAGAAACCCUCUUCGUCCACACUACAGGCAAUGCCUGGCCACACUGGCCGUAUGUAUCAAACUGGAUUUCUGUACCUCACAAAGUUGUAAGAACAACUCAAAUCAAAAGUGUGGCGCCUUCAGGUGGCCUAAUAACUACUGCUGCUUUUUCAGACUCUAAACCACCAAUCAUUUUUAACUCUUUCUUUUUUUUGGUCUUACAAGAAGCCAUACAGUCCCUCCUGAUGUUUCCAAGUGCUCUUCCUCAGAACUAGCUGUUACCACUGGUAAUAGACAGGUUUGUAUGUGAGGGAGGCAGUGGGGCAGUUUGUUGGGUGUUUAUCUGUAAGGUGUGUGUGUGUGUGUAUAUUUUACUUUUUUUUUUUGGAAAAACAGGGCAUCAAAUCCUGUCAUAACUCUAUAUCAUCAGGUUAUUCGGAGUGCAUCUGUGAGAACAUGAAGAUUUGCGUGAGUCUUAAUAAAAUGCUUACUUGUGCAUCAGGAACAAGGUAUGAAUUGAAAACACAUGAUGAUCAAUGUGGCUCUAAGCUCUCUACAGCUUUGACAAAGAGAAAUGUGAGGGGUUAUAGAUAGAAGCUCUCCUUCAACUGUAUGCAAUGAAAAUUAAUCAUUUGUAUAUUGGUUUGCUCUCAUUACAGAAUAUGAUCUUUGCUGACAGAUCUGUCAAGUACGAAACAACAACUAAUGGGAAUUGGGAACACCUUUAUGCACAUUUUUGAUCUCUCUUGAUCAGUAAAAAAAAAACACACCAGCCAUGUGAUUUUAGAGGCUUAAUUAGCACCUAGUAAUUUAUAGCAGACAUAUUUUUCAUCCCAGAUGGACAUGUUCAUAAUGUAGCGAAAGCUUCCACAAUUGGUGUCAGUUUUUUUUCUUUUAUUUAAUUAAAAACAAUUUUAAACCUUACCAAAACAUGUGCAUUGCACUAAUUAUGAAAACAAAGAUACAGACGUUGGUUUUAAAAUUGCAGUUGGAUUCAUAAUCCUGCAUAAUCAAUGUUGCAUUAAAUGUUGUAUUCUGUUAAAUAAGAAAGACAAAUAGAAAUCCUCAAAAAGCUGUCAUUUUGGUAUUUGCACUGAAACUCAGGUGUUGUACUGGCAAUAAAUUUGGAGAAAGAACUUCUCAAAAUAGCACCAAACUGAAGUCAUUCUACUUUGUGAGAACAUAUUCAUAUUUGGAGAGUCAUUAUUUGCAUUGAGCGCUAAUUCUCCAUUAUUUCCUAUACACUCAUUUCAUAACAUAGCUUGGUAACUUACCUUUCAAAGUAUUGAUUCCUCAGAUCAUAACUCACGACUUAUACUUAGUAUAUUGGAGACUCUACAGGGUUGUGUUUUCUGCUAAUGGUUCUUUGCACAUUUUAAUGUUCUCCUUGCCAUUGUGUAUCUAUUAUCUUUUUGUCAAUCUUAAUGUUUUUAUAGUGUUUCAGUGCAUCCAAACAGCCUCUGCUGUUAAGGCUUAAAUAUGCCUCUAGAUUUCAAUCGACCAGGGAGCUGCUUAUAUCAUUAGCAUGGUCCAUUGUGAGAUUUUGUGUUCAAGUGCAAUUGUGAUUUGCAUGAUUGUCUUCAGUGUUAAUUUCAGUUCUCCCCAUCUAUGAUGUAAAUCACUGCACAAAAUUAAAUGGUAACCAUUAGGGUUGAACUGUUAACAAUUUACAAUACUGGGUGUUACAUUGUAUAUGGAAAUACAUCCAACAUUGUAUUGGUGCUACUCUGUUGAGUCACUGGUAUUAAAUAAAGAGCUAGUGCUGACAACCUGCUCAACUUCCAAUUGCUCACAGAUCCUUAUGCCACAUAUGCUGUUAUGAAAUAAUUUCCGUUAUUUUUAUAAUGUCUUGUUUCUUUCGAUUUACUUAUAAACGUUGCUUCCCUCACUCUCCCUGUACCCCGAACCUUCAUCACUGACUAUCUCAAAUUAAGAACAUUAAUUGUUUGAAAGAAAUGUGUGUUUUCAGUUACAUUAUUCUUAUCAAACAAUUCAUGUGUAUUUGGCUGUGAAACUUGUUAAAAAAGACAUGAUCAAAUACACAUUUUUAACGGUUAAUACAU